AUGGCCCAGUCCACGCCGUCGGAAUAUGUGACUCUGGUAUCAUGUGAUGGGUUUGAGUUCAUCUUACCCCGCAGUGCUGCCUGCAUUUCUGGCACCAUCCGCCGCAUGCUGGACCCGUCAAGUAAAUUUUCCGAGGCAAUCACAGGUCGAUGUGUUUUGGAAAACUUAACAGGCGUCGUCCUUGAGAAAGUCUGCGAAUAUUUCCUGUACAACGAGAAGCACAAAGAGCAAACUAAUGUGGCUGAUAUGGAUAUCCCACCGGAGUUAUGUUUGGAGCUCUUGAUGGCAGCCGAUUAUCUUGACACUUGA